AUGGAAGCGGAAAGGAAACGUAAGGAGAAGGAAAUGGAAGCCGAAUGGUUGAUCAAGCAGAAGGAGUUGGAAAUCAACAACGCACUGAAGGAGAAGCAAAUGCACCUAGAGCGAAUGUUACGCGAAAAGCAGCUGGAAGCCGCCAGGGACUUGCGCGAAGUGGAAAUGGAGGAAAAACGUACGCUAUUCGAAGCGGAAUUGCGGGAAAAACGAAUGCACUUCGAGCAAAUGAAGGCGAUGGAAGACGAGCAUCGCGAGAAAAUCUCCGAGCUGGAAAGGCGUAUGGAGAAGAUAGAAGUACAGGAAAAGUCGAAGAUUAAAAAUCAGAAACCCAGAGGCCAAGACGACCAAGCAACUACCUCGAAGCAAUCUCCGGAGGGAAUAAAGCCUGGCAAGCUUACGAAGGAAAAUCUCGAUCGCCUCGAGAAUAUCAACAGUGGUGUCGAGAGUGAUGAAGACGAUUACAGCUCCGAUGAUUCCGAUGACGACGACGAGGAAAAAACCGUCGACUUGGAAGGCGAUAGGAAAAGCCAGAUCAGCUCUCAAAACGGGCAGGGGCACCAGCGUGCCGGGCCGAGUAAAGCCCAGUUGAGCGCGAGGAACGGGCUCACUAGAAAACUUCCCACCUUUACCGGAAAACCGGAAGAGUGGCCUUUGUUUUUCUGGGCCUACCAAACGUCAAACGAAGCUUGUGGCUAUUCGGAUGUAGAGAACUUGGUGAGACUCCAGGAAAGCUUAAAGGGUGCUGCACUCGAGUCGGUUCGCGGACAACUACUGCUCCCUAAAUCGGUUCCGAGGGUAAUCGCGAAGCUGCGACAGCUUUAUGGCCGCCCUGAGCAACUGCUUCAAAACCAUCUCGAGAAGGUUCGUAAGUUGGAUUCGCCGAAAACCGACCGGUUGGCCAGUUUUAUCCCCUUCGGAAAUGCAGUAGAGCAGCUCUGCGAGCAUUUGGAGGCUGCUGAGCUCACACUGCACCUUGUGAAUCCAAUCCUGAUUCAGGAUUUGGUCAAUAAGCUCCCGGACGGAGAAAAGCGACAGUGGUUGCACUACAAACGGAAGAAGAAGGAGGUGACGCUGCGAACGUUCACGGAUUUCAUCUCCAAGAUUGUGUCCGAUGCAUGCGAGGUGAACGUCAACUACGAUUACAAGCCGGACACCAAAGCUGCAGUUGGUACAAGUGCAAGAUCCAAGCCGAAGGAGAAAGCUGCUCUAUACAGCCACAGCGCGGCGAACGAGUCCCACGGGCGGAACGAUCGGAAGAGGCAGAAGCCGUGUAAAGCGUGCAAACGAGACGACCAUCGGCUAAGGUUCUGCCAGGACUUUAAAAAUAUGCCCUUUGCGGAUCGAAUGAAGAUCGUGAGCAAAUGGAAACUGUGCAAGGUCUGUUUGAAUGAACACAGUGGGCAAUGUCGUUUCAAGAUUCGGUGCGACGUCGAUGAUUGCGGAGACCCGCACAAUCCACUGAUUCAUCCGGCCACAACGGCAGUUGCCAUGCACGCACACAUCAAACCCAGCGGUACCAUGAUGUUCCGAAUGAUCCCAGUUAUGAUUCACUGCGGAGAAAGAUCACUGGCUGUGCUUGUGUUCCUAGACGAAGGAGCUUCCAUCACGUUGAUAGAGACUGAGUUGGCUGAUCGUUUGGGGCUAGGCGGAGUGAAGGAAAAGCUAGUGCUUAACUGGACGGCGGACGUUUAUCGUGUAGAAAAGAACUCCAGGCGUAUGAACCUGUGGACUUCCGCUGCUGAUGAGGAGAAUGCGGAGAAGACUUUGCUGCGGUCAGUGUAUACGGUCGACAAGCUGAGACUACCACACCAGACACUCAAGGCCGACGAACUAGUGGUGCAGUAUGACCAUAUGCGGGGAUUGCCGAUCAGUUCAUAUGAAGGUCGACAAGGAAUUCUGAUAGGGCUCAGCAACAUUCACGCCUUCGCUCCUCUGGAAGCGAAGAUUGGCACUACGAGUGAGCCGAUCGCAGUACGGUGCCAACUCGGCUGGACAGUGUACGGGCCACGACGAGUAUCGCCUGAGUCGCAGGGCAGCUAUCUGGGAUACCACCAGCAGGUCUCUAACGAAGAUCUUCACGAUCUACUCAAAUCCCAUUAUGCACUUGAUGAGUCCGUAGUACGGGUGCACCGAGAAUCAGCUGAAGACAAAAGGGCUCGGUCUAUAGUAGAGCAAACCACGAAGCGCGUAGGGAACCGUUUCGAGACGGGACUCCUUUGGGCCAAGGAUGACGUUAGCUUCCCGGACAGCUACCCUAUGGCACUGAAGCGGCUAAUGCAGUUGGAGAAAAACCUGGAAAGGUCACCAGAGUUAUAUCGAAACGUUCGGAACCAGAUCGACGAGUAUCAAGCUAAAAAAUACGCCCAUGAAGCCACCAAAAAAGAACUGCGCUCUGCAGAUCCCGAGAGGACAUGGUAUCUCCCGCUAAAUGUAGUCCUGAAUCCGAAGAAACCGGGAAAAAUCCGACUCAUCUGGGACGCGGCCGCGACGGUCCAAGGAAUUUCCCUUAACUCAAUGCUGUUGAAAGGGCCGGACCUACUAGUGCCGCUUAUGUCAGUGCUUCUUAUCUUCCGGGAGCGGCGGAUCGCUUUCUCUGGCGAAGCGGUUGCGAAUGGGACCAAGAAAUUGACGAUUUUGGCUGGAACCUUUGGCAGCAGUGGAUUGGAUCCAAGAUGUUAUCUGGGUGAUGCUGAAUCUUCGUCGGUGGAGUCCCUCGAGCUACACACUUUUUCGGACGCGAGCGAACAUGCUUAUGGUUGCGUGGCAUAUCUACGGUCGGUCGUCGAUGGAGAAGAGUCUGGUCAUGUCUCGUGCAAAGGUAGCGCCGCUUAA